AUGCCAUCUCUACUUUGCAAAAUAAGUUCAGUUCUCUAUACUGGUGGCGGUGUAUUUGCUCUUGUAUGUUUAUAUUUGACCGCAAUUGAUCGCUACUUACAAACAUGUCCCUCAGCUGUUAAACGGCAAUGGAUGACAUUGGAGAGGGCUUUAUUACUACUUUGUAUUUUUGCAUUCCUCUCUAUUAAUUUGGGCCUUCCUUUUGGUAUAUUUCGGGACGUAAUACCUAGCAUUGAACAGUGUGACGUUGUCAAUGCUAAAUUUGCUCGCCUUUCUUUCUAUUUUUAUGCAAUUAUAGGUAUAGUAUCAGCAGGUGCACUGUUAGUUGUUUUCGGCUAUCUCACUUGA